UUUAUACACUUUUUGAAAGAAUGCUCAAGGACAUUCACUGGACAGUAAGUCAGACAAACCAGGAUUCUGUUGUAUGUGUUAGUUAGUCCGGUCUUCUCUGCUCUGCCACAACGAGGGAGUCCCAUUGAAUUGAACCGAGAUCCCCUCAAACCAAUCAGUAGGAUAAAGACUUCGGAAGCAUUAUGAGUAAAUAUAGAAAGUAUAAAGAUCUACUGAGAGAUAUUCCUCUCUUUCCAGACAUUUUUACUAAUGGAAUGACGCGCAACUUGGCACACCCCAAGAAAAGCUUCAUGGGCCGCUACACUAAGCGGACCAUGGAGAAGUACAACAAUGUGAUGAUCAAGAACGCUGUCAAACUGUGUCAGAUCCAGGCCCAUCAUGCUAUCCUGGAGGUUGGCUUUGGUCCAGGCUUGGGGCUCCAGGAGGCUCUGAAGUACCUGACGGACCCCAGGGGCAAGCUGUUCGGCCUGGACGUCUCUGAGUACAUGCACAAGGUGGCCCGGGAGCGCCUGGGCCCUCAGCUGGCCUUGGGGAGGGUCCACCUGCUCCAGGGCAGGGUGGAGUGUAUUCCCCUCCCGGACCACUGCAUCCACGGGGUCUUCCACUCCAACUGCCACCUCUACUGGCCGGACAUGGCCACCGCCACCGCCGAACUGCUCCGUGUCAUGAGGCCUGGAGCGAGGAUGUUGGCCACGUGUGAUCUGGGCUUCCUGCGUCGGGGGGUGGACCAGGGCUUCUUCAAGGGGAUGACAUUGGAGCCUGAGCCCUACAUGCAGGCCCUGAGGGCUGUGGGCUUCCUGGGGGUCAGCAUGGAGGACCUGACAGAUGAGGGAAAGAGCUUCCAGGUCAUCUAUGCCACCUCUCCACCUCCCUCCACCACCGAGACUCAGACCAGUUAGGAACACGCUCUGUGUGCACACUCCGGAUGUGUUUGAUGGAUAUAACAGCAUGUUGUGUCAUAAAAACAAAUGUUACUUCCAAAGAGAGUACGUCUGUUCAUACUCAAGGUUUUAUAUUGGUUGUCAGAAAUAAUUUCGUUUUGACUUAAGAAUAAAAGUAUUUACCUGUCA